CAUAGCCACGCCUCUUUACCUCCUCGUGUGACAAAUGACAAACUGACGUGAGUGACAUUCGGACAUUCCGACCGGGCAUUGCAUGUUUUGUGAUUGCAAUUUGCUUUGUUUUUUAGGUUUGGUAGGUGACUUGUAAUUUUUCUAAAAAACUCAGUUUUUAUUAACCGCAUUGGAUAAGUGACUUCUCAAUAAAACAAUACCAUAACAGUUUGUGAAAAUGGAGUCCAUAGCUACAGAUUCUGGGAAGAUUGUGAAGAUGGAGGUUGAUUACAGUUCUACCUGCGAUGAAAAGAUUCCUGAAUGUGAGAAACUUGCCAAAUCAGGCAGACUGCAUGAUGCUUUGGAUCAACUGUUGGCUCUGGAAAAGCAGACACGAACUGGCGCUGAUAUGGCCUCUACUGGACGUGUCUUAGUGGCCAUUUGUAGAUUAUGUAAAGAAGCUGGAGACUGGGCUGCUCUGAAUGAGCACAUUGUAUUACUAACAAAGAGAAGAUCACAACUGAAGCAGGCAGUUGCAAAAAUGGUUCAAGAGUGCUGCACUUAUGUGGAUCAAGUUCCAGACAAAGAGACAAGAAUUAAGCUUAUUGAAACAUUAAGACAAGUUACAGAAGGAAAGAUUUAUGUUGAAGUAGAAAGGGCCCGACUAACACAUAAAUUAGCAAAGAUUCGUGAAGAGGAGAGUAACAUUCAGGAGGCAGCAAAUAUUAUUCAAGAGUUGCAAGUAGAAACUUAUGGCUCAAUGGACAAGCGAGAGAAGGUGGAACUCAUUUUGGAACAGAUGAGGUUGUGUCUAGCAAAACAAGACUAUAUUAGGACCCAAAUCAUUUCUAAGAAGAUCAACACCAAAUUCUUUGAUGAUGAUGGUACAUCAGAUUUGAAGCUGAAGUAUUAUAGAUUGAUGAUGGAGGUUGAUCAGCAUGAAGGCUCAUACUUAGCAACUUGUAAACACUAUAGAGCUGUACUGAAUACUUCAAGCAUAAUGUCAGAUCCUACCGAGAGACAAGCAGCUGCUCAAGCUGUUGUGCUCUAUCUUAUUUUGGCAACACAUGACAAUGAACAGGUGGAUUUAACUCACAGGGUACUGCAGGAUAAGGUACUUGAAGAGAUUCCUAUGUAUAAAAAAUUGUUAAAACUUUUCACAACACCAGAGCUCAUCAAAUGGUCAGGACUUUGUGAAUUGUAUGAGAAGCAGUUGAAGGCUACACCAGUAUUUUCAGGAGAUGAGCAGGCUGAAAAAAGGUGGAAUGAUCUGAAAUCCCGUGUGGUGGAACACAACAUCCGCGUAAUGGCACGAUACUACACACGCGUACGCCUGACUCGCGCCGCCGAACUGUUGGAUCUCAGUCCAGCCGAGACUGAGGAACGCCUUUCCCAGAUGGUGGUGAAUAAGUCAGUGCGUGCCAAGACCGACAGACCAUCUGGUGUCGUCCACUUCGAGCAGGCCAAGGACCCUGGAGACGUGCUCAACGAAUGGGCUUCUGAUUUGUCCCAGCUAAUGAAGCUCGUCAACAAGACCACCCAUCUUAUCAACAAAGAAGAGUGUGUGCACAAGUUACAGCCCGCGCAUGCCUAAGCCUAGAAAUUUGACAAAUGUAGUCAUGAUUUGAACAUAUAGCCCCUCCGUUUGGCGCAUAAGACAGUGCUCAAUUAUGGCUGAUUUUUUGGAAAUUUCUGACUACUUGAGAGCCAGGAUUUGAUUAAUUUGUAACUCUGUACUCUGAGAAUUCUAAUUUUACAGCUUGUCAUAGGUUCUUAUGAUUUUUUGUUAAUAAAUUUAAAAAAACGUUUAUAUGAUUUUCUUUUGAGAAACAUACAAAUACCAUACAAAUCAACUGCCACGAGACCCCCUAGACUGACAUUUUUGAGGGAUGUUCCAUGAUUUCUCAGGUAACUCAUUGUAUAUCUGUAAUUAUUGUUUGUAGUAUGUAAUUAUUGUUUGUGAUAUUAUGUUGAUUGGGUAUUGGGAACUAUUGUUAUUAUUGAUAAAUAAGUUAUUUGUUGGUUAUCAUUGUUUUCACACCUAAGUAUGUUAUUAUUAGUGUAUCUCCAAUUAAUAUUGAAUAAUGUGUACAUUUGUAUUUUUAUAAGGAACCGCUGAGAUUGUUAAAGUGAUGUGUCUUAUGAUAUAGCCAGCAUUGUUUACGUUAGAAAGAUGUCUAAGCGUUGACGACCGACGCGAGGUAAUAAAAGAGGAAGGUCUUGAAUCGGCAGUCGUACCGGGUAGAGCUAAUAAAGCCGUUCCACGGGAAAAACCGGUGUUUUAUUCCACACGCCCGUAAUAGGUCAGAAGUGGGAUCAACAGG